AUGUUUGCAGACAUAACGAUUCUGGCUGCCGUGGUGGCCUUAGCCUAUGAAGAGUGUACGGUCUAUAUUCGGACGCAGUUGAACGCCAAGAAACCAUUGUUCCUGUGUGAUAAUCAGUUUUGGGCUCCGGACGGAUCAUCUCUACGGUGGACUGGAACUGUCACGGCCAACAUUCAGUGUGUGUCCGGACAACCUAUCAAUCUUGGUGGAGCCAAUGUGAACUUUGCCGAUGUUGCCUGUGCCACUAACACGACGGGCUCUGUCCGGAACACUCCAAAGAGCCGUGGUAUUGGUGGAACUCCAGUUAAUAUUGGGUUCCAUGUGCCAAGCGUACCCUGCGUGACGUACAUCCAGUCGUGUUACAAUAUCCGCACGACUUCAGUCAUUUACACCCACCAUGUGAUUCGAGGAGCAGCUAUCGAGCAUAAGAUUAUUGAUAGAGCCACGCACUCGUUCAAACUUGCCGGUUUCAAUAGGGAUAUCCGAGAAGCCUACCUUCAGGAAAAUCAGAAAACUCGUAUUUUGGAGCUUUUAGGGCUUUACCAGCUGGUUGAGACAAACAAGCAAACAAGUACUUCGCCCGAAGACAUCUCUCACGGGAUGCGGACGGUAUCCCCCGGUCCUAGUAGCGAGCAUACUAAUUCUUCUUCAACGCAAUCCCCAAAUGGCAGCAGGUGAAUAGUUGCAACUGGAAGGUAGUUGAGAACUGUCUGUCCGCAACAAGGCAAGCGGAUUGAGGGAGAACAUUCUGAUAUUUACCGGUGUUCAUGACAUUUUGACACUUCCGCAUGAAAAUGGUUAGCAGGUGCCAUUCACGCUGAAAGCAGAUCGUGUCCAGGUACCGAAGUGGUUCUGGAAGAUUCGCCAUUUGUGCUACAUAUAUUUGGCGACAAAUUAAUGCGUAACUAAUUUAUAUAUUCUUCAAACUAACGAAAGGAAACUAAAUAAGUCGAAGGAGAUAGUAUUCAUAGGUAAAAGUACAAAUAUCGAUGCAAUAAUAAGCUAUACGAUUAUAAAUAAUAGGAAUCUCUAGCAAUCGUUUCACUGUGAAGUACUUUAAGUUGAAACGAAGGAUAAGUGCUGUUACAAUAAUUUACAAACAUUUUAUCUUAUCUGCCAUUAGCGCCAUCUGUUGAUAGGUAUUGCAACGAUAAUAUAUUUUUAACUAAAACUGGAAGCAUCGGAACUUAAGCGAUGUUUACACGUGCCUGAAAGCAAAUGCGCACGAAAUGAAGCUAUAGGAUAGUAUCCGAUACACCACGCUUGAUUUAAUUUUCUAAAUAAAAAAAAUCUAAUUCACUCUAUUUAAUCCACUUA